UAUUAGCGUAGCUAACGCACACAAACUCAUAGUCGUCGCAAAUAGAAACCGAAAAUAUAUUAAUAGAAACGUGUUUCUUUUCUGCAAUUGUAGCUUAUACUGUUAUGCUAUGGGUAGUUUACAUUCUUGUAUACUUCAUUACUUAUCUGAAGGAAGCCGUGAUAGUUUCUAUUACUAACUUUGACUAAUCGUCACAUAUCUUUUUAGAUUGUAACAUCCUAGGCAGCAGGCACUAAACAGUUGCACGCGUGAUUACUCGCGGGAAGUGUCAUUUAGAAUCGUACGGAGUGUUUGUUUAAUAAACAGUAAAAACCGUAGUAAGCAAAAAUGGCUAAUCCUGCUCUAAGAGAUAUGGUAGAAGAAGAUGCGGCAGCGUUAGUGUUCCCAAAAGAGUUUGAGAAUGCAGAAACACUGCUGAUCAGUGAGGUACACAUGCUGCUGGAGCACCGGAAGGCACAGAACGAAAGUGCUGAGGAGGAGCAGGAAUUCUCAGAGGUGUUUGUCAAGACGCUGGGCUACACCAAUCGCUUUCGAAAGUUCAAGAACAAGGACACAAUUGCCGCUGUACGUAGUCUGCUGGCACAAAAGAAGCUGCACAAAUUUGAACUGGCUUCAUUGGCGAACCUGUGUCCAGAGAACCCCGAAGAAGCAAAGUCGCUGAUUCCAAGCUUGGAAGGGAGAUUUGAAGAUGAGGAGCUGCGACAGAUACUGGAAGACAUCCAGACAAAGAGGAGUCUCCAGUACUGAUGAUUGUGCACUGUGUACUGCAUGUGUAUGCUGCCUGGCUGCCGGCAACGAGUCGCACAUAUGUAUCAUUGUAGGGGAUGAUUGUUCUUUUAAGCAAAGUUUUCUAUGUUGAGUUUAUAUUCUUUGACAGGGUUUUUCUGGCAUUUGUUUAAUGGACUUGUAAGUUAUUUUACCACACAAGUGUGAUUUCAGUUAUUACUGUUAUUCAUUGCAUUUAAAAAAUGGGUCAGCUGAAGUUAGUCUGUAUAAUUACUCCAACUGACUUCUCUUAUAUUGUUACAAAACAGUGAAAUAAUUGAUCAGUAAAUGAAACAAACUACUGGAAACUUCAAGAAUAAAACAGUAGUCACAUCAGGAUAGUUAGUAAUAGAAACACACAACUUCCGCAGUUUCUCAACUUUUACCUGUAUUUAACACAUUUGUGAUGGCAAUGUGAUGUUGAUUGGAAUAUUGGAUGUGUAGAGGAACUUUUAUUUUGUAAAAACUGACAUUCCAGAAACAAGGGAUUGUUCUGCUGCA